AAACAUCACCCGCGCAUCUUCUUCUCGCCACAAAUCCUUCGACCAUCUACCAUAUACCCAUCAUGUCUCUCUCCAACAAGCUGUCGAUUGCCGACGUCGAUCUCAAGGGCAAGCGCGUCCUCAUCCGCGUCGACUUCAACGUCCCUCUAGACUCGGACAAAAAAAUUACCAACAACCAGCGCAUCGUCGGCGCCCUCCCCACAAUCAAGCACGCCAUUGAGAAUGGAGCCAAGGCAGUCAUUCUCAUGUCGCAUCUUGGCCGCCCAGACGGAAAGCCCAACGCCAAAUACAGUCUCAAGCCAGUUAUACCUGAAUUAGAGAAACUACUUGGCAAGAGCGUAACUUUCACAGAUGACUGUGUGGGCAAGUCGGUCGAGGACACCGUCAAUGGGGCUAGCAAUGGCCAGGUUAUUCUACUUGAGAAUCUGCGCUUCCACGCUGAAGAGGAGGGUAGCUUCAAGGAUGACGAGGGCAAGAAGCAGAAGGUAGACAAGAGCAAGGUUGAGGAGUUCAGGAAGGGCUUGACUGCCCUAGGCGACGUCUACAUCAACGACGCUUUCGGCACUGCCCACCGCGCACAUAGCUCCAUGGUCGGAGUCGAUCUUCCACAGAAGGCCUCUGGCUUCCUCGUCAAGAAGGAGCUUGACUACUUCGCAAAGGCUCUGGAGGAGCCCAAGCGACCCUUCCUCGCCAUCCUCGGCGGUGCCAAGGUCUCAGACAAGAUUCAGCUGAUCGACAACCUGCUAGGAAAGGUCAACAGCCUGAUCAUCUGCGGUGGCAUGUCCUUCACCUUCAAGAAGACUCUAGAGGGCGUCAAAAUUGGCGACAGCUUGUUUGAUGAGGCUGGCAGCAAGACUGUUAAGGACCUUGUUGAGAAGGCCAAGAAGAACAACGUCAAGAUUGUUCUGCCCGUCGACUACAUCACCGCCGAUAAGUUUGACAAGGAUGCCAAGACCGGUUACGCUGAAGACAAGGACGGUAUUCCAGAUGGCUGGAUGGGCCUCGACUGCGGUGAAAAGUCAAUCAAGUUAUACAAAGAGGCCAUCGGUGAGGCACAGACUAUUCUCUGGAACGGUCCCGCCGGUGUGUUCGAGUUCGACAAGUUUGCCAAGGGUACCAAGGAGAUGCUUGAUGCUGCUGUCGAAGCUGCGCAGAGCGGCAAGAUUGUCAUCAUCGGUGGUGGUGACACAGCCACUGUUGCGGCCAAAUAUGGUGUAGAAGACAAGCUGUCUCACGUUUCUACAGGUGGUGGUGCGUCGCUUGAGUUGCUUGAAGGUAAGGAUCUGCCUGGUGUGUCUGCCCUGUCAAGUAAGUAA